AUGGAAGAAUGCUGUGACAAGGGCAUUGAAUGGGCAAAUGAAAACAGGAUAUGUGCUUCUCUACCCUUAAUAUCUGAGUCCAGAGAAUGCAGUAUGACUCAGGUACAGUGCUGCCGCAGCCACUUGGAAAAGCAGUACUGUUCAGAUGGGAUUGAAUUUGCCAACGUGCGUGAGGAGUGUGACUCACAUAUUGGUGAAAAUUCCACUUGUGAAGCUGACUACUUCAAGGUAUGCUGCUACUGUUGUUUGCUGGGAAAGACUGCCCAAGUUCAAGGACAGAGUUGUGAACCCAACCCAAAGAUAGGAUACCAGUGUGGAAUUGUCUUCAGAGCUUGCUGUGUGAAAGGUCAAGAAGGCAUCGAUCUGUCCAUCAUUGAAAUUUCAAAGGAAGAACUAGACCAAGAAGAUCCCUAUCUGCAUGAUGGCUGCAGAGGUGGUGGUCCAUGCUCUCAGCAGUGCAGAGACACAGGAUCCAGUUAUGUCUGCUCCUGCUUUGUUGGGUAUCAGCUUCAACCAGAUGGUGUCAACUGCGAAGAUAUUAAUGAAUGCAUCACUGGGACACACAGUUGUGGGAUUGGACAAACUUGUGUCAAUACAUUAGGAUCCUUUCGCUGUCAGCGGGACACGAGCUGUGGAACUGGUUAUGAACUAACAGAUGACAGUCGUUGCAAAGAUAUAGAUGAAUGUGAGACUGGUACUCAUAACUGCCCCCCCGAUUUUAUCUGUCAGAAUACUCCAGGAUCUUUCCGUUGCCGACCCAAGCUACAGUGCAUGAAUGGGUUUAUACAAGAUGCGCUAGGCAACUGUAUUGAUAUCAAUGAAUGCCUGAGCACCAACAUGCCAUGCCCAGCUGGACAGAUAUGUAUUAACACUGAUGGCUCAUACACCUGCCAGCGAAUGUCACCCAGCUGUGGCCGAGGUUAUCAUCUCAAUGAAGAUGGAACAAGAUGUGUAGAUGUGGAUGAGUGCUCAUCCUCUAAUCAGCCUUGUGGAGAAGGACAUGUUUGUAUAAAUGCCCCAGGCAAUUACCGUUGUGAGUGCAAAACUGGCUAUUCUUUUGAUGUCAUCAGUAGAACUUGCAUUGAUAUCAAUGAAUGCAGACGCUAUCCAGGCCGCCUUUGUGCUCACAAGUGUGAGAAUACUCCUGGUUCUUAUUACUGCACUUGCACCAUGGGAUUCAAACUUUCAGCUGAUGGCAGGUCAUGUGAAGAUUUAAAUGAGUGUGAGAGCAGCCCCUGUAGUCAAGAGUGUGCCAAUGUGUAUGGCUCCUAUCAGUGUUACUGCCGCCGUGGCUUUCAGCUCAGUGACAUAGAUGGGAUUUCAUGUGAAGAUAUUGAUGAAUGUGCUUUACCUACUGGAGGGCAUAUCUGUUCCUAUCGAUGUAUUAAUAUUCCUGGGAGCUUUCAAUGUACUUGUCCCUCCACUGGUUACAGGUUGGCCCCCAAUGCACGCAACUGCCAAGAUAUUGAUGAGUGUGUUGCAGAAAGCCAUAACUGCUCUUUCAAUGAGACCUGCUUUAACAUCCAGGGGGGCUUUCGCUGUCUGUCUUUGGAAUGUCCAGAAAAUUACCGCAAGUCAGGAGAUACACUUGAAAAGACAGAUACUAUCCGCUGCAUUAAGUCUUGUCGACCUAAUGAUGUCAACUGUGUGUUGGAUCCAGUCCACACAAUUUCCCACACUGUCAUUUCUCUGCCCACAUUCAGAGAAUUUACAAGACCUGAAGAGAUUAUUUUUCUCCGUGCCAUCACACCUACAUAUCCAGCCAACCAGGCAGAUAUCAUAUUUGACAUAACAGAAGGAAAUUUAAGAGAUUCCUUUGAUAUUAUCAAGCGGUACAUGGAUGGUAUGACAGUGG